UACGGACGACGUACUUCGUCAAAAUGCGCUCCGUCAUAAAAAUUAUUUUUUUGUAUAUGUUGGGUAAGCCACUUACGAAAAAUUGUACCCUUCCACCGUAUCCUGAGUUUGGUCGAUGGACCAUUCACGACGACGGUUCUUCUAAAUUAUCUCCUGGACAACAGGUGCCGCCACGGACAACCCUAAAUGUAACUUGUGAGGAAAAUUACAGGCUGGAUACCCCUGAUGUAUCUUCCACAUGCAUUCGUGGAAACUGGACACCCAAAAUCGGGAAAUGUUUAAGAACUUGUAGUACUCUACAUGGUACUUCUCGUAUGACAGUUACUUGUACCUUUGGUGGUACCACACUAGAUUUUUGCGCUAACGCAGUCGACGGGACACUGGCACAGUUUCAGUGCUCUCAUUUUUAUGAAAUCAGAGUGGAAAAAGAACAGUUCAGAGUGUGUUCUAACGGGAGUUGGUCUGGUACAAUGCCCACCUGCGUCCCCGUAUGCGGUAAACCCUACAAUGACCGCACUCUAAUCGUGAGAGGCAACAGAACGAAGAAAGGGGAUUAUCCCUGGCAAGUUGCUUUAUACAGAGCAACCACUAAAAAAUUCCUCUGUGGAGGAACUCUUCUAAACGAACGAGUUAUCUUAACAGCCGCACAUUGUGUAACCGACAGUCAGGGUAAGUUGCACCCAGAACGAGCCUAUGUGGUGGCAGUGGGAAAAUAUUAUCGACAAUAUGAUAAUCCUGACGACAAAAAAGCCCAGUUUUGUUCGGUGCAUAAGAUGUUUGUUCCGAGACAGUACAAAGCGUCUCUCCAAAAUUAUCGAGCCGAUAUCGCUCUUAUUGUAACAAGUAAUGCUUUCACUCUUUCGAUGAACGUUCAGCCUGUGUGUGUUGCAUGGAAAACGAGGGUCCACGAAGUGCUAACAGACCCCAAUAGAACGAAAGAGGCUUACAUCAGUGGUUGGGGUUUCACCGAGGAAUAUAAAACUCUUUCGUCGGUUCUUAGACAUUUAAAGGUGCCGCUUAUUGCAGAGGAAGAUUGUUCCAAGAGACUAUCUGGAGGAGAUUUAGAAUAUUUGACAGACGAUAAGAUGUGUGCAGGAUUUAUAAAUUCUAGUAGUUCGGUGUGCAAAGGUGAUAGUGGCGGCGGACUGGUUGCUUUGUACGAAAAUCGGUACCACGUCAUUGGAAUCGCAAGUAUUUCUCCCAAAGGAGACACCCAACAUGGAGGUUGCGACAGUCAACACUACACUCUGUACACAAAAUUUUCCGACUAUAUUGACAAGUUCAUACACGAACUAGAAGCACAGUUUAGACCAAGUGCGGACCGCAAGAUACACAACAGUUGUGCCAUUACUGUUUCAAACGAUACGUCUUCAUCAACAAAAGUACCGUUCGUCGUUUCGGCCACUAGAUUUUCCAACAACCGUUGCAUAUUGCCGCACCACCCCCAGUUCGGUAAAUGGACCGACCUUUUUGGGUUUUCCGAACUACAACCCGGACUAUCAGUACCAUCGGGUACCACCGUGAGAAUUAAAUGUAACAGGAACUUCACAGUAGAGGGUUACAAUCAACUAACUUGUGAAAAUGGUGCAUGGUCAAAAAACAUCGGGCGAUGCUUGAGACUCUGUCCCUCUUUGUUUAGCACUCCGGCAAUGAAAGUAAUUUGCUCUGAUAGUGACAAUAUAGUCGAAAAUUGUACACAGGCCGUCGAAGGUACUAUUGCCAGAUUCCAGUGCGCUCCGUUUUAUAAAGACCCGCGACUAGAAAAAGGAGCGUUGCGAAUUUGCACUAAUGGUACCUGGAAUCAAGAACUGCCGCAGUGUCGACCGGAGUGCGGGCAAGUGUUAGCUCCAAGUACCAACUCGUCUGAUAACGGAACCACGAUACCAAGAGGAUAUCCAUGGCACGUCGCUAUAUAUCGCAGUUCCAACCUGAAGCGAUUUAUUUGUAGUGGGUCGCUUCUAAGCGAAAGGAUUGUGUUAACAGCUAGAAAUUGUGUGAGUUUGGGUGGAAGUCCAUAUUUGAACGAAAGUUUCAUUCUGGCGGUUGCGAAGAUGUACAACAGUUUUGAUGACCCCAGAGAAAUGCAUGCCCAAUUUUCUGAGGCGGGAGCGAUAUUUUUGCCAUCACACUUUAGAGGACAGAACAACACUGCGAUUUUAAUUGCAAAGAAGGCUUUCGUGCUUUCUUCUCACGUACUACCUGUUUGUUUAAAUUUUGGAACGAGUUACAAAUUGUCGGAUAAUGAAGAAGUCUAUUACAGGAACUGGACGACUAAAGAGUACGUGUUUUCUGAGGUGGCAGAGGGCAAUCAAAUUUCUUUAAUCCCUCUGUCAAACUGUCGAGGUAAUACAUCAGGGUCUUAUGCAAGCGAUCUAGAGUCAGGCCAAUUGUGUGCUCGUUCUUUGACUAAAGGAACAAAAUCUUUCUUAGACGUCGGAAAGGGUGUAGUACGAAAACAUGACGACAAGUACUAUCUCGUGGGUGUGAUAACUGGGCCAGCGUUAGGACCUAAAGUUGCUACAGAAAUUAUAGAAGAUUAUUUAGUUUCAGUUUACAAGGAUAUUUCAAAGCAGUUAGACUUGUUAAUUUUACGUACACAGGAGUAAUACAGUUGCAAAUUAAAAACAAUGGUCGAAAGCCAUUUCGAUAGAACUUUCCUCAUUCUUUUUUUUGUGACACCCUGUAUAAGUAAUUCUAAAAACUAUGAGUGCAUCGAUAAAAUGCAAGCAUACGGUUAAAAUAUUUUGCAUUUUUCAGAGGAGAUUUAUUGAGCAAAGUUUCAAGGAGGCCUCGGAUCACUCUAAUUUAAUGAUUAAACUAACGCUUUGUAGUUUAUUUUGGAUGUAAUAAUACAAUUUAU